GACUGCUCCGUACUUUUCGCGUUGUUUUCGCCGGAAAAACAUUAAAGACGAGUGCGCGUGUGAUUGAGUAUAUAAGGCGAGCGUGUCGCAAUUAAUAUGCGUUAUUAUAGCGUGCAUUCGUUGCGGCCCGUGCUCGUGCUCGUGCUCGUGCUCGUGCUCGUGAACGCGAACGGCUAACGGCCAACGGAUUUUCAAACGCGUCGCGCGGGUGUUUGUCGCUGGACCCAAGUUUUGCGUAGCGAUCAAGGACUCGGCCAAGGAUCCGUGCAGUAUUCCUCUACUCACGUCAGUGACAACGCGAAAGAAGAAGCGCGCGUUAUUAGUCGCGUUAGCGAGCACCAAUUCAUUCGUGCGUCAAUUCGAGGUAAUGCUGCGAAGAAAUCGAAACUGUUGGACAAACAAGAUGGCGACCGAUUGUAAUGCGCGAUUCGGAGCACGAUAUAUCGGACGGGUGUGGGGAUCGAGUUGGAGAAAGCGGAGCGGUCACGUGAGAUCCGGUCUCGGGAGGACGGAAAAAUAUGAGCAUCUCACAAAGCUAGGGAAAAAAAAAAUCGAUUUUUCAUCCGGGAGGUCAUCAUGGAGACCGAGGAGCUCACCAGACUCGUCGACGAGAUCUACAAGAACAUUUUGGACAAGUUCAACCCUGGCGCCAGGCAGCUGAUUAACGCAGGCAAGGCGUAUCUGAAGGCCCUUCACGGAGCUGCGGCGGCGUCGCGAGUUUACGUUGACGCUUUGUCUCGAUUAGCUCGUCAAGCUCAGCUGGGAACAUGGGGCGGUUCCAAGGAUGUAGGUUUCGCGCUGAUGAGAAUCGUCGAGGUAUAUAAGGAAAUUCAGGAUCAGGAGAUGAACAUUCUGAAAGCAUUCUACGUGGACCUGCUAGUGCCGCUGGAGACUAAUCUGGAAAAGGAUACGAAAGUCGUUCAGAGCGAGCAGAAGAAGUUUCUUCAGCAGCACAAGACUAGAUCCGAAACCUACAGUAAGGCGGCCGCGACCAUGAAGAAACAAAGGAAGAAAUCCAGAGCCGCCAAUAAGAGUGGCCUCGCCAUGGACAAGGAGCUGAAGAACAUGCAGAUUCUCGAAGAGGAGAAAACCAAGCUCGAUGCCUUUUGCGAGCAGAGCCUGAAGAAUGCGAUGACUCAGGAGAGACGACGAUACGGUUUCGUGUUGGAGCGACAAUGCUCCUUGGCGAAGCACUAUGCGAGUUUUCAUGAGGUUGCACUGGCCGCGCUUCAUCCCUCGGUUGAUAAAUGGCGCGAGGUUGCCGCCACCAGGGAAUAUUUGCCCCAGUCGGUGGAGGACAUGUUCGCUUCCAGACUCAGGCAAACAUCAUUUUGGCCGGAGGAUGAGGAGAAUGGCGGCUCCGAAUUGACGACGAUGAGCUCGCAAUUGCGAAAGACACGAAGCAUGGACAGCUCCUGCUUAGAACUGCGAUUGGGCCCCUUGCCCGGGAAUCCGCAAUCGUCCGGCGGCCAUCUCGGUCCAACGCCGCAUCUUCCCGCUGUCCUUUCCAGAGCGAGGUCGGAGGCCAAUCUGCACGCCUCGACAUUAUCCCUCGGCCCCGAGGUUCCAGAGACCCCACCCCGACCACGAUCCAUGGCACCUCCCGCGUCUCGCAGCAGCGGUGGUGGCACCGGAAUCGGCGCUGGAGGUUGGGGAGACGCCCCUCUUGCCAGAGCUCUCUUCGCCUAUCUUAGCUCGGGAGAAAAUCAGUUGAGCUUUUUGGAGGGCGAUCUCAUCGCUCUGAUGGGAGACCGUCAGAAGGGAUGGCAAUUUGGCGAAAAUCUCCGCACUCAAAGCUCGGGAUGGUUUCCCUUGGCGUACACCGAAAUUAUAAUCGACGAUAUUUUGGGAUCACCGAGUCACGGAGCGAGCAACGGUAGGACCCCGGAUUUGCAAGCCAUCCCUCCAUGCAAGCCACCUCCCUCUCGACCGCCAGUCACGCCAGCCGGUAUCGACGAGUCAUCCGGGGGUACCACGGGCGCAAACGGCAACUCUGCCAACAGCAACAAUGCCAACAACAACAACAACAACAACAGCUGCGUCGGUACGCCGACCAACAACGCGAGUGUUUUGGCAACUCCGACAGCGCGUCAAUCGAAAUCGGUCCGUCCAUCAGGUACACUGCCUGCAGUGCUGGCCGGAGGACGAAGGGUGCAACCGCCCGUGCCUCCGGUGCCACCUCCGGCGAUGACGUCCCUCCAUAGCAGCAACGACAGUGGCUUUUCCAACGAACCCCCGGUGCAGCCCGACGUCGAUUACAGCGACGACGAGGCGUUGAGACAACGGCGCCGGAAGCCGCGAAGCGGAGGGGAUCGUCCGUCCUCAAAGGACGAGAAGCAAUCCAAGGACUGGGAGAACGACUCUUGGAAGACGAUCCCGCGGGAUGAGAAAUCCUGGCAGCUGUAUCGCACGGCAAUGGAUUUAUGGGCGGAAUCUAAAGCCAAUCGGACAGGUCAAGAGGACUCGAAAAAGUACUUUGAGAUGGCGAACGGUGACUUUGCGCUGGAGAAUGUGACGAAGAAGAGGAAGAGCAAAAAGACAGCGGCACAGCAGCCGAAUGAGCGACCUAGCCCGAAUCAGCGCUCAAAGAUGGCGGCGGAUGAGCGGAACUUGUCCGCUGUUACUCGCCACGACGAUCAGCGACGCGUAGAUAAGCGGACGCAGGCGGAUACCGAGGAGGACGAACUCGAGGAAGAGGACGAAGAGGAUUUUGGCGUCGAAUGUCAUAAUAAGAAUAAUAAUAAUAAUAAUAGUAAUAGCAAUAAGUUUUACGGGAACAAUCAGGAAUCUCAACAAGAGCGAAGAGGAGGAAACGGUUUCGAGGUAGACAAAUACGUCAAGUCGUCGUCGAGUUCGUCGUCAGAGUCCGACGACGAGAGUACCAUCACCAUCCCGGAACCGGGCCGUAAAGUCGAGCAUAUAGCGCAAAAGCUCGAGCAGACCGCGCAAAAGUAUGCGCGCGAGCCGCAUAGCCCACCCAAGUUUCUCGAACGCCGCGAGAGAACGAACACGGCGGCGGAGUAUAAGAGUCUGGAGAGGGAAACGCGGGAAGCGGCCUUGUCGCGCGAACGUCGCGAAAGAUCUGCCGUAGAAUAUAAUAAAAGCCUGGAGCGUAGCCGGGACGGCCCAAAGAACUUGGAGCGCUUACGCGACAACCGCGCUCCGCGAGAUGACGAGCGUCCCCCGUUGAGGGAGGACAGGCAUUCGCUCGAGCAAAGUUGUCGCGAAGACAAGCAAAACUUUGGACGGUUGAGAGACGACAAGCAGAGCUUCGAGCGCGCAAGGGAGGACAAGCAAGGCCUCGAACGUUUAAGAGAGGACAAGCAGAGCUCCGAUCGUUCGCGAGAGGACAAACAAAGCUUUCAGCGAUCCCGCGAGGAAGCGCAGUCGUACGAACGAGCCAGGAACGAACGCGCUCGUUCCAGGACCAACGAGCAAGAACGCGCGUACACGAACACGGCGGAGCAACGAAGGGAGGAGCAACGAGUAACGAGUUACGAACGAACGUUCGAAAAGAAUCGCAAUAGGAUGAUCGAACGAUUGUCCAGUCGGCGAUUCGAACGGCCGCGACCGCCGUCGCGGGAAGCUCCGGAACGGCCUGUAGGACCCUACCGAGAACGCAGGUACUCCGAUAAGGAAGAGGCGAUUUAUGGAGAGGCCGGCCGAUACGGAAUCGAUUCGCUCGAGAGAGAUCGCGGCUACGAGUCAAACUUUGAGACAAAAUUGGAAAGAUCGAAGGUGAUUGAGAGACAUGGUUAUCACGCGGGUUUGCAUGGCCCGGGUCUUCAGAAGCGGAACGUCGUACCGAGAAGUAGCGAGCAAAGUAACCACGGCGAUACCAAUAACAACACGCUCAAGAUGGAUCGAAAAUCCCCGCGACAGGGCCAAAUUACCGCUAUGGGCCACCUCGCGCAAACAGGCAGAGCUUUCGAGGAACCAAAGAGCCCGAAGCUCGUAAAGCGGACCAAGUCAUUCUGGAAAUUCCGCCGGGAUUCGGAAGUCUUGGAAGGUAUGGCUCUUUGGCAGCACCGCUCUCUCGUGGACAUUCCAAAGAUGAUUCGUAAAGAAGACAAGAUGGCGGGAAACGAGGAGAAACAGAGAAACUCGGACGGCGGUAGUCCGAAUUCGAGUCUGGGCAACAGCGAGAGCACCAUCACGAACGAGCAUCGGCACGACGAGACCGAGCCGAAGCCGGCCGAGAGAAGUCACGUGCCCGACAAGACGGAUUACUUUGAUGAUUUCCCGACGCCCGCGGAACGGCCCAAGAUUACGGAGAGAUCGGCGUAUAGAGUUCAACAGCAGUCGGAGGAACGGGCGUACUUUGUGGGCAACGUGUCGCGGAAGGCCAUCAUCGAGAAGGAACGUAAACGUAGUCUCGAGGCGAAGCGAAAUAUGAUGAUUGUGGCCGAGUUGAAGGAGAACAGUGAGAGUAAGCGGAACGAGAUGUCGAUGCGCAACCGACGAAACUAUGACGAGGAGGAGGACGCGACGUUGAACUUUAGCGAGACUGAGGCUUCCGAUGAGGAAUCUACGUAUAGCUGCAUCGUCGUUAAGGAUCAGAGCAUACCGGAGAAGACACUGUUGCCGAGGACUAAGCUGAGACGAGAGUCUGAUCGAGAUAGAAAUACUUGCGGACCCUGGUACGAUCUUUGGGGCAUGGACGCAUCAGUCAACAAGAAAAAGAGGAAGCAGAAGCAACAGUAAGACGAGGAGCCGACGAAUGAGCCGAUAUGAAAUGAUACGUUAAAAUAUGUUAAAGAUAUGUUCAAAUUGGCUAAUGUUGAGUUUGAGAGUAACAAGAGAGACGAAACACAAUGUUGAAGCAAAAGUGAGAAUAUUAAACAGAAAAUGGAAAGGGAGAGAAUGAGAGAGGUAGAUGGGUAGAUGGGUAGAUGGAUGGAUAGAUGGAUGGAUGGAUGGAUGGAUGGAUAGAUG